AUGGCAGCCGCAGUUGUGCUGACAGUCCUUGGCGCGUUGAUUGCAGUGGGAACGGAUGCUUGGAAGCUCGACUUUUGCCCCGAUUUCCAGAAGGUCCAGGAGGGCACGCUGUUGCUGGAACAUGCGCUUGCUGGCAAACAUCUAACCUUCGGCAUGCCACUUUGGGACCAGACGGACCCAACUGGGUUUAAGUGGAAGAAUGGGCAGCCAAGCGUACUGGAACAUGAUGCAGAUGUCACCGACCUGGUCAAGGGCUUGCAUGUUUCGAUCCUCGAAGCGGUGGCGAAGCAUGCGAACUUCACAUACACCAUUCGCGUCAACACGAAAGACCUCCCCGGUUCGAGUCAGUGGCUUCUCAGUGAAGCUCACAAUUAUGAUAUCGUCUUGGGCUCAUGGACAGACAGCCUGAAACGCCGUCAAGCAGGCUAUCUCCAGCCGUACCCGUUGGUCAAGAAGGAUCCCCGUUUGAUUGUGCUGAAGCAGAUUGAAGACCCUCCUUUGCAAGAUGUCAUUUUGACCUUCCUCAAGCCUUUCUCAACCAACUUGUGGGUGACACUUCUUGUGUGUGGCAUUGUGACAGCUGGGUUCAUGUGGCUCUUUGAGACCUCCCAGGUGUCGAUUGAGGAGGGCGGCGAGGUUGAAAUGUCGAUCGAUCGGGAGGGAGCGCUGAAGUCGAUGUGGCUGUCCGGUCUACAGUUUACGGGAGGGGGGGGCUACGCCCCAGUAACGGCCUGGGGCCGGCUGCUUUUGCUGUCUUGGAGCUUCGUGAUCAUGGUGGUUGUGGCAGCUUACACAGCAAACUUGGCCACCUUCCUCAUCGUGCAGCAGAAAGCAACAGCAACACUGUCCUCGUUCGAAGAUGCCCAGGAACAGCGCGCCACCAUUUGCUCAAGAAUGAAGUGGUCAAUUGGUGAGAUCGUUGAAGACAGAGCUAAUGGUUUGAUCCGCUUUGUGGAUGUGACCACUGCAAAUGCAUCUCAAGUCCGCAAGGCCUUGGAUGAAGGGAAGUGCCAAGCUUAUGUUUCCUAUGACGACAUUGGCCAGCUGUACCUGAGCCAAAAAAGUUUCAAUGCUGGCUGCAAAUAUGGCUUCGUGGGUGGGGCAAUCGAGCCCUUGAUCGGUGGAUGGCCCAUGUCUGUUAUUUCCCUUGGUUGUCCCCUUCUGCUCCUCACCUCAUUGGCGGUUGCUAUGAAGGUACUCGACCAGCAAGGUGCCCUGCAGGAGAUCUGGGACACCUUUGCCACAAGCUUGGCAGACAUGGAGGCUUGCAGCAAGCCCGAGGUGGCCGACGACGGCUCCAUGGGUGUCCGUGAGAUGAUGGGCGUGCUCUUCGUGCACACGGUCUUCUUAGGGGUGGCUGGAGCUGCCUGGUAUUACUACAAGAACAAGGAAGGCAACGACGCCGCGUCGAGGCCCUUGACUCGAUGCUUCCAAGACGACGAGGAGGAGUCGGCGUCCAACAGCGCGGAAGAGGAGAAGUGGGGCCAGUUCGACAGAGCCUACAACGAAGCCUUCGAAGCGCUGCAGCGGAUGAAGCAGUUCAGGGAGGCAUCUUCGUGA